AUGCCGGCGUUUAAAGCUGUUUACGGAAUUUUGCUAUUUGUGCUCGUUUUAUACCUUCUUAUAUAUGGCUUCAUAGUUCGAAAGCUUUUCGUGGUAAAAAUUUAUUUCGAAACCGAAAAAAGGGACAAUAUUCUUUUACAAAAGGACUCUGCUUUUGAUUCAACUCUGUCCGAUAAACAGUUGUCUUCAGGCGUGGAGCUUUCUUCCUGGAAUAAAUCGUCACUGAGAAACUUGGUUGAACGCAUCCCUGAAAGACUGGAUAGUGCUAAAAGCGAAAUUCUCUCGUUUCUCCAAGAUUUGGGAGUCAAAGUCAACGAAGCCGACAUUUCUUCCAGCAAGAAACCGACGACUGCGCCUCCACCACAAGUCAAUCCGAACGGUGCUUCUUUGCCGAAUUUAAUCAGGAAAAUGGGUAAACGUUUCAACUUUUCAGCAGAUAAGCCUUGUCCCAAAAGUCAUUUAAGCAAAGGUAAGCUUGUUGCUCGUAUUUAUUUCAUUAUAAGGGUCUACAUCCACGAGACAAAUUGCCGUCCUUAGCAGGGGGCAGUCCUGCGGAUGUUUAGCUCUUUAAAAAGGUCCUCGAUUGUAAUGACUGUUAAUUAUUCAGUCUGUUAUUACUAAACACCAUCCAAACUCUGGUUUAAAUUUCGUUUGUAUACGGCCUAUCAGCGGUGAUACGCACAACACUGAAUUAGCUUUGGCUGGGUGGCAAACCGUAACCAGCCGCAGCAUCGAAUAAAAUUUGUAGUAACAAUUACACAAUAAUUGCGCCAAAAAAAAAAAGGUAAAAAUGAUUUGAUAAAAGUGUCAUAACAAAAAUAAAACAAAAAAAAUCCUACAAGCUUUAUGAAAGUCUUAGUUAUAAAAUAAAAAUGUUCAUAAGUUAAAAAUCAUCGUUCAUACAGCUGUCCAUUAAAUAAUGAGAACGUCUAAGGUUUGUCAAUAAAAUUUCGAUGAUGUACAAGAUUAAGUAUCUGUAUCCAAAAUUCCUACAGAUAUCUAACCGCUCAGCUUGAACAUUCUUCUUCUUCUUAUUAUUAUUAUUAUUAUUAUUAUUAUUAUCACGGUUUUUGUUGUUUAGUUUUCUGUAAUUUAAUAUGUUUUUUGUGCUCCCCCUAGGCCUUCAAAUGCUCUUUACGUACUAGUAUGAAUCCGUGUACUUCCAAUACCCUAACAAAUACCGAGCGAACGUGAGUUUCACCAGUGCGAGGGUCAUCCCAAGUCAUCCACAUCGUUUCUUAAAAAUGCCGGUGAUUGAACUGUUUUAUGUUGCUCAUGUUUGCACUAAACUCGGAUCUAUGUUUAGACAGUUUAAUGACGGUUUUGAAUCGAAGGUGACUAUUUACCAAUUAAGGAUUGAAUAACAUGGACUAACUUGUCACCUGCUUGGACAGCACGCGCUCAUUAAUAUUCUGCAGAGUAACGAUAUCAAUCUAUUCAAUCUAAUCUAUUCCAAUUUCCAAAGUUUGUCAAUUGACACGCGAGUGAAAUUAACCAGCAUUUAGGCGUUAUUAUUUUUUUAAAGUGGUGGUCAGUUCAAAUCUAUUCUUUAUUUACUUUCCAUGAGAGGACCCUCUAUCCUCCCCUGAAAUGAUCUGAGCUAUUUAACAAUUAUCCCUUGAGCCCGAAUGGGCUCUUCGUUAAUAGCCAAUAAGGCUUUGUCUAUUGACUCAGAGGCUAUGAGGGCGAGAGGAAUAAUUGUUUUAGUAAAAUCCAACUAGUUUGUCAAAAAUAUCGAGACAAAACAACUUUAGCUAGUUAAAACUAGAAUUUAGUCCUUUUUUGCCGCCAAAAAGCCGGUGCUUCUCGCCAUUAGUGGACUAUAACAUAUAGCCUAGUAGUAACUCAACCAAUCAGAACGCAGCAUUGAUAAUAGACUACUAGUGGGAUUUUACUAAUUUAGAUUAUGAUGACCAAUCGCAAAUACACGCAAGAGUUCAAUAACGAACUUAGCAAAUUUUAUUAAUAAUAUUUACUUAAUUACAAUAAUUCUUCUAGUUGGUUUGUUAGCUGUUCGAAAUACUUCAGUAACGGUGGAAGAAGUGGCUAAAGAACUCAAGUUUGUGGUAAACGGUGGGCAGUGGAAACCAAACUGCCAGUCACGGAAACAGGUGCUAGUAUUGAUCGUAGUGUAUCCUUUCUUUAUCCAAUUAAUGUAUAAAUGGAUUUCUUCUAGGAGAAAGGUCAGUUCAUGUUUGUCUUUAGUUGUUGGGUCAUUCAAAGGGCUGCAUCUUAGAUGACGGCCUGUGUGGUUUAGCAAUCGAAGGUAGUUAGUGAAGAAAUUGGGAUGGUCACACUAUGGGCUACAUCUCGCCGGUUCCUUUCCUUUCACACUAGCCCUUUAAAUGUUCGGCAUCCACAGAAGUGCGAGCUUUGUUUUUUCGUUGGGGCUCCAGGCACAAAGUGUGCCUUGGAGGGGGGGGGGGUAUUUUGUCACCCCAUUUAUGAACAAGACAUCAAGCACGAAAAUGUUCAUUGCAAUGUACUGUUUUGCGUUUGCUUAUUAUUCAAUUACAACUAGCUACAAUCAUGGCCAAAUUUAUUCCAACAACGUUGUUUUUAUAAAUGAUUUAAUUUCAUCGUUUGUCUCACAGUGUAACUUUUAUAUUGAUCGCCAUGUUUUCGACCGCACACUGCAGGUCUUCAUCAGGCGAUAGUGUCGAUUUACUGAGUCGAACUAUUUGUACCACUGUGGUUUGUUAGUGAUUGGUGCAUCACAAACCUCGCUCAUGGUUGGUGGGUUUCGAUCCAAAGCAUUGUUAGCACUGUGAGAGGAAGAAACUGAUCCCUCAGAGGUCCGCUGCGGUGGAAAUCGGUUGUCAUGUUGGGGCUGAUUGUAGGCAUCCACGCCUCAGGAAUCUCAAUUCCACUGUCCCUGUUGAUGUUGGCAGACAUCUGACAAAGAACCCGCAACCGAAAUGAGACCUACAGCGGUCCUACCAUACAUAAAAGGUUUAUCUGAACCACUUCGUCGUUGUCUACAACAGCAUGGCGUACGAUCUGUUUUCAAAUCCGAUACAACACUAAGAUCGCACUUAGUGCGACCUAAGGAUCCUGUGGAUCUACGAAAACAAGAUGGAGUAGUGUAUAAUGCGGCAAAGUAUACAUUGGCGAAACAGGAAGGUGCAUGCAUGAACGGAUUAAGGAGCACGCUUGGGAUAUGCGGCUUUCACAAGCUCAAACUUCGGCCGUUUCUGAACACGCCAAUAAGACCUCCGACCUGAGACCUGAGACCUGGCAAUAUCCGCUCUGGGUUAAGUUUAUUCACCGAGACCCUCACUGGUUCUGUCGUAGAACUAAGGAGGCUAUUUACAUAAGACUUCACCCUAACAACAUCAACUGGGACAGUGGAAUUGAGAUUCCUGAAGCGUGGAUGCCUACAAUCAGACUCAACCUGACAACCGAUCUCCACCGCAGCCGACCGCUGAGCAGAUCAGUUUCUUCCUCUCACAAUGCCAACAAUGCUUUGGAUCGAAACCCACCAACCAUGAACGAGGUUUGUGAUACACCAAUCACUAGCAACCACGGCGUUUCAAAUAUUUCGACUCAGUAAAUCGAUACUAUCGCCUGACGAAGACCUGCAGUGUGCGGUCGAAACGCCGCGAUCAUCAAUCAAAGUGACAAUCGUGAGACAAACGAUAAAACUAAACCUAUACUUAACGCUGUUGCGGCUUCUGUUUCGUGCUACACAUCCUAUGUAUCACGGAAAUUAUCACAAAUGUCCGUGCCAACUCUCGCGGGAAAGUUAAAGUUACGCUCACUGAUGCAUGCCAAAAAAUUGCCUCUGAAUAGCAAGGGAAACGCUAAGUUCAUUCCUCAAGGUUUAGGUAAAUUAUGAUCAACGCUUUUUACUAAGCGAUUUCCCCAAACAGCACCAUCAAACCUGAAAACCUUGGACUUCUAUUCGGAAAAAUUAAGGAAUUCUAUAAUUCGAAAUUUAAGAUGCCAAAAAGCCACAACGUGUGUAACAGAGAUUGGGCAUCCAUUUGAUACCAAAUGCAUUGUACAAUAAAAAUCUGUAUCUUGAACAACCAUGUCUAGUUUACCAACCCUCCUGCUUUUAAUGCUACCUAGCUAUUGAGAUAAAUGUUGCUUCAUACAUCUUAUUUUGAUAAGGGGCACCCAACGAGAAUAUAGUUCAAAACUACNCAAAUAUUUCGACUCAGUAAAUCGAUACUAUCGCCUGACGAAGACCUGCAGUGUGCGGUCGAAACGCCGCGAUCAUCAAUCAAAGUGACAAUCGUGAGACAAACGAUAAAACUAAACCUAUACUUAACGCUGUUGCGGCUUCUGUUUCGUGCUACACAUCCUAUGUAUCACGGAAAUUAUCACAAAUGUCCGUGCCAACUCUCGCGGGAAAGUUAAAGUUACGCUCACUGAUGCAUGCCAAAAAAUUGCCUCUGAAUAGCAAGGGAAACGCUAAGUUCAUUCCUCAAGGUUUAGGUAAAUUAUGAUCAACGCUUUUUACUAAGCGAUUUCCCCAAACAGCACCAUCAAACCUGAAAACCUUGGACUUCUAUUCGGAAAAAUUAAGGAAUUCUAUAAUUCGAAAUUUAAGAUGCCAAAAAGCCACAACGUGUGUAACAGAGAUUGGGCAUCCAUUUGAUACCAAAUGCAUUGUACAAUAAAAAUCUGUAUCUUGAACAACCAUGUCUAGUUUACCAACCCUCCUGCUUUUAAUGCUACCUAGCUAUUGAGAUAAAUGUUGCUUCAUACAUCUCAUUUUGAUAAGGGGCACCCAACGAGAAUAUAGUUCAAAACUACUGAUACAUAGCAUUGUUAAACGUAUUUUAGUAUUUAAAUGGUAGAUAUAGGCAUAUUUUUAUCCCCUAAAAAUUUUUCAUCUGUUCGGAUUUCCUAGCUGAAAGUCUAGUAAUCCGAAAAUUAUAGGGAUCAAAACUUACCUUUAAGAAAAUUCCAGCCAGAAAAAAGGCUCCCCAAAAUUCUAGGUGACCUUUUAAGAGUAAAAAUCCGUUAAAAAUAGGCAAUUAGACCAUUUUUUAGUUGUUCGAAAAUCCUAGAGCGGCAGGCAAGCAAGAAAUUUUACAACAAAUGCUCCGAAAAUUCUAGAUCUCAAAUCGUCUUCCGAACAGAUAUUUUCCGAAAAUUGUCGUAGGGUGCCCCUGACAUUACGAUGAUUAAAAGGCCUGUGUCACGGCAGCCUAAGUUCAUUUUGUUUAAUUUUGCCAAUUAUUCGCCCUACGUUCGCCCUCAAUCGCUAUGGAACUUAAAGUAUGCAAAGAAAUUACAUGUAAAUGACAGAAUCAGAGAUCCGAGACGAACAAAUAUGUCUCCUGAGCAUUAUUUUUGAAGUUGCAAGCCGCAAGGAUCAACUUUGAAAAACUGUUAGGCUGAGCAGUUUUCAAAAACCCUAAUUCUAAUCCGUUUCAAUCUUCUUCAGUUUUGCCCAUCCGUGGUAUCUGUUGUUUCUAUUAUGUUAUUUUAACCUUCCUUUAAAGUUUUAAGCGGUUAUUUUAAUUUAUGUUUCUCUUAAUUUAACGGGCAUUUUGUAAUUUCCUAAUUGGGCUGAAUUUCGUGACACAGCUUCUUUAAUAUCUUUCAUGACAAAGUUGUUUCUUAUUGUUGCUUCCAGGGAAUUAGCUCAUAUAUAUUUUUUCGGGCCUGCCUUUACGGAGCAAGAGUAAUGUUGCACAGGUUAUUAUGACAAAACCCACAAGGUCUGAAUUGCUUCAUAGGAAGAUCGACGUUGCUUUCACAUUGGACUGUAUCUUAAGUUACAACAAAAUCUGUCGUUUCUUACAGGCUGAACACAACCUCCUCUACUCGAGAAAAACCAUUGCAUUAUUAUUUUUUUUCUUCAGUUUCUGUGCCUUGAGGAACUAUAAAGUACUAUGGUUUAAUACUUUUUGAAAGUCUAACAUAAGAGUUCGUGAUAUAGAUGAGAUGGUAAAUUUUUAAAUUUUAUCUUUUGAAAAGUGUGAUUUUUAUUUUCCCAACGAAAAUCAACAAUUUCAAAUGCUCGGGGUUGCCCGAUGUCAGGACAAGCUCCAGCUUGGUUUUUCCCAAGACUCAACUCAUUCCUCUUUAAUUUUAUUAGGUCGCUAUUGUUGUUCCUUUCCGGAACCGACAUGAGCAUCUUUACAUCUUCUUACGUCAUAUGCAUCAGUUCCUAAAAUGGCAGCUGUUAGAAUACAGAAUUUUUGUAAUUGAACAGGUGAGACUAGACUGUUCACAGUCCUCUAUUUUUCCGUAAGAUCAUCGAGAUGGAGCGCUUUGCGUUACGGGCUGCCAUCUUGCGUGAGUGUCAAAACUACUUAGGGGGCGGGGGCGGUAAUCCCCGACGCCCGCCCCCUUGGUACAUUUGAAAAUCAAGAUAGCCGUGACGGUAAGACGCAGUAUAUCUAAACGAUCUCACGAAAAAAUAGGGGACUGUGAACAGUCUAAGGUGAGGCUGUUGGGAAAUACAUGUGCUAAUAAGACUAGACUGCAAAAACCGAAACAAACUGAAAAGAAAUAUACAUAUACACCUAAUUACAAUAACGUUGUCUUAGAAAAAUGACAGAAGGAAAAAGCCAAAUAGGAAUUAAAUAGGCUAAUUAAGCCCAAUCUCAUGGUAGAUUCAUUUGCAGCCGUUGCAGUUCCCCGCUGAAAUUUUCAGUUUUAUUGUCUUUCAGCUUUAAAACAAUAGCAAAUUCCAACAGGUCCAUGUGCGGAUGCUGCAAGUAAAUUCAUUAGUCUUAUUAGCCUAAUUAAUUCCUAUUUCGCUUUUUCCUUUUUUUCAUUUUUCUAUGACAACGUUUUUGCAAUUAGGUGUAUAUAGACCAGCUCUUUCUGAAAUUGAGCUCCCCUUGAAAUUAUACUUUGCGUUUGACGCCAGGAGAACGCAGCCUAAGAUGCACUAGAAACCUGGGGACAACCAUUUUAAACAACGAAACUCAAUUUUUGUUUUUUGGACCAACUAAACGGAAAUACCAUAAAACUCCGAAAAUAAGCCCCUCCAUGUAUAAGCCCCCCAGAACUCGUAACGCAAAAAAAACACUGACUGUUAAAUCGCCCCUCCGAAUAUAAGCCCCCAGGGGCUUGUACUUGGAAAUUACCCUGAAAUACAAAGUAAAACAAAGCAAUCACGGUACAGUAACAUAGAAAUUUUUGAAUUUGCCAAGUAACUAUUACGUGCGCCAAAUGAUGCAGUCAAAUAGUGUCACAGUAUCUGCUGUUUGUGUGGUUCACUCUUCACUCUUGGAUUAGAUUUUCUCGGUCCAUAUAGACAAAGAACUUACAAGCAUAUAUUGCUGCGUUUUGGCAAGGUCUACGUCCUCAAGGCGAGUUUCAGUAAAACCUUUUAGCAAAUUACUGACAUAAAUUUCCUUCCAACUAUAAACUAGCACAAUCGAUUUUUAGACGCAGAUUUCUUUCCAAGAAUAAGCCUAGACGAUUUUGAAAAUUUCCAAAUUUCCCUCUUUAUAUAAGCCGCUCCAAACAUAAGCCACUCACUGGACCUUUGAAAAAUAAAAGCCCCGGGGCUUAUUUUCGGAAUUUUACGGUAGGUCAUGAAGACCUUAAACAUGAGAAUUUCCCAAUUUCCCUUGGCGAAACGCCUAUUGAGGACUCACAUUGGAAAGCAAUUUACUGUCAAACCCAUGUCCAUGAUUGCUCAAUGAAUCAUUACAAACUUCUCCACUUUGACAUUCAACUAAGCCAAAAUUUCAAAGGUAACAUCCCCAACUAGAAUUGGUUGUGUAAUUUUUUACUGCUGUACGGUUUUAUAACAAAAACUCAAAAGUGACCCAUUCCUUCAUUAAAACCGUUCUCUCCAUAAACUCGUUUGAUGGCCAAAAAUUGGUCUGGAAUUGACGUCUUAAACUCAACCUAUCCGGUGUACUGUAGCACUUAAGGUGGCUCGUUAUAGUUUUUCAAGGUCAAUACCUCCCAAGUUUGAGCGUAAGCUACGUCGCCAUAAGCAAAGAUUUGGAAAAAUUGACACCAUAGUUUUCAUUAGAUAAAGAUGAAAAUUUGUUAUGAUCAGGGUUGCAAUGACAUCGGAGUUGUCAUAGCAACGAAAUGACGCCAUUACCUAUUUUACUUGCAACAGUAUUUCUAGGCACUGGGAACUGUUCUUCCAAAAUCGCUUACUGGAGCUUUUUCCCACAAUAGCCGCCUCGAUGUUCGUGAAGUUUAAGCGAAAUCUGUAAGAGCGUUAUCGAGAUAUUUUGGGAAGAAGUUUUUAUGGUUAGAAAUACGGUAAAAAAUGGACAAUCAUGAUGUUCGACUGUUAUCUGUACUAAACGAAGCGCUUUUGACAUGUAAUUUCACCUCAUAGUAGUUUCAAUCUUUUUAAAAACGUGUGUGAAAGAUCAUGGAGAUACCUCCAGCCGAUUGCUAGAAAGAAGGAUUUGAUUAGUAUGUAUCAAGGCGCUCUUUUUAGCAGUAAUGUAAACAUUUCGGUCUACUUUAACAAAUUAGCGAAUAAUUUUUAAACCGCUCGAUAAAUUUUUUAGAAAAUUUAAGAAUCUUGAGACUAACCGUCCUUUUAUAUGACCUCUUAGUUUCAAGAUUACUGAUAUACUGUAAGGCAGUAAAAUAAGGGCUUGAAUUCGAUAAUAUUUUGUCAAGAGUUUUGUGUUUACAAGUGAUAGCCUCUCAUUAUUCAGGGGUAUUGUCUCCAAAAUUCAUAUUUUCGUGCACAACAAUAGCUAGCAUUUCUGCAUAUGUCAAAUGCAUUGUUAGUUACUGCUGUUCAUGUGAAAAUGAAACCUUGAGACAAUACCCCGGAAUAAACAGAGACUCUCACUUGUAAAGACAAAAUUUCCGACAAAAUAUUAGCGAAUUGUAGCCCUUAUUUUACUGCCUUACAGUAUAUCAAUAAUCUGGAAACUAAGAGGUCAUAUAAAAGGACAGUUUAUAACAGUAUUAAAAGCGAGUUCGACCCUAUAAUGAUUCAAUUUGGUUCUGAAGCCACGUUGUCGCUUAAUUCCAGCGUCGUCCUUUCUUCAUCCUAUUAUGGCUUCCUUUUUUCAUAGGCUGAUAACGAGCGUUUCAAUCGUGGAAUGCUGAUGAACGUUGGUUUCAGUGAAGCAAUGAAGGCGGGACACUUUAGUUGUGUGAUCUUUCAUGACGUAGAUUUGUUACCCGAAGAUGCCAGGAAUGAUUACGGCUGCCCGUCAUCUCCACGACACAUGUCCACCGCAGUGAGCAGUAUGGAAUACAAGUGAGUUAUAGAUUAUAUAUACUACGCCGGUUAAAAGAUUCCACGACAGGCAUGCACAAACCAAAUUUAAUAAAGGUCAUUUUGCAAUAGAGAAGAGAAGCGAUGACGUCACAAAACGAAAUUAUUUUGUGACUAUGGGAGAAAAAACGAGAUGAAAACUGUUGUCGCUGCGCUCACUCGUGAAAAAUUUUUCAACACCCGAAGAGAAAUUUCGUAUCUCCGCGCGGCCAUGUAAUAUCCUCUAUUUCUCUCAAUAAUGGUGGCAAUUGCGGCCCGACCUGAAAGGAAAUGUGCCUUUUCCCUUCACAAUUUAGGCACAGCGAUGUUUUAUUUCACUUUAUUUCACAAAUAAGAACGACUAGAGCUGAAAGUUUGAAUUUGUCAUUUUUGACAGAGAAGAUACCCAUUUUGCAUAUCCUCUAUUGACAAAUGGGACAUACCCAGUAUAAAAUUGCUUCCCUGUGAAUAAAAUGAAUAAAUCACAAAACAGAACAUUUCAUAAAAUGCACCUUUUGGGUCCUCAUUGUUUGUAGCCCGAAAUGACAGUUUUUCCUAUCCUUUCAUGCACUUAAACUAGUAAAAUCCCUGCUCUUAUAUAUACUGACCUGAAAAAGGUACAUUUUCGGGUGGAGCCACCCCGAAUUAAGGUCGAACGGAGUGACCUCCCCACCCCUAGGAGGAAGGAAUUUUUGUACUUUUUCAAUUUGAAAUGCUCAUCCUACGUUUUUUCUAAUUUUUUUUAGCCUCGAGGAUUCAGGGCAUUGACCUGAAAAUCACAGACCAGAUUUGAAAUGAAUUUUAAAUGCAUAGUUUACCUCAAGCGUUUUGUGAACAAGUUUAGUUAUAAAGUUUCCGGGUCAUUUAACAAUUAUUCUUUGAAAUCGAGGUGAAUAGUGGCUAAAAAUUUCAGGACCGAGGCGCGAAGCGGCGAGGUAAAUAUUCCUAAAGCCACUAUUCACCGAGAUUGAAAAAAAUAAUUGUUUUAGUAUAUACACACGAAGUGAUCUCAACAAAAUCAGAAAGGAAACCAUUAGAAAGUACUAUUUGAUUGACGGAUCAAAUCACGCGAAAGUUUAAAAAUACAUCUUUGCAGAAUUUUCAAACAUGGCAAUUCACAAGUUUAGCACUUCGUAACAACUGCGUAAUCGCUUAAAUGGAACCGUUAAAAGUUUGAAUUGUUUCCUUACCUGAGAAGAAAAGUAGAGCUUUGUUGUUUUCUGUUGACUCGCCAAGUUUAUAGCCAAAAGGAUUUGUUCUGUCGUUCUUCGCAUGAAGUGGUGACAAAAAUGGUGGUUCGGUUGCUCGAGGUAAGACAUCCUCUUCCUGUACCACUCUUUUUCUUGUUUACUUGAAACGUAGAAUUUUCUUGCGCCAAUUUUUCUUGUUAGGAAACGCCGAGUUCACGAAACUUCUACGCGAAUAAACGGGAGUUGUAAACAAUCCAUCGAGAACAAAAACUCAGCUACAGUAAAUGGAAAAACGCUGUUUUGAAUCCUUCAAAGUCUUUUCUUGCCUUAAAAAAAGUUAGCCCUAGGAUUUUGUCUACUUUUAAAAGAUCGUUCUCUAAGAAAAUUGGAAAAACACCGAGUUUACACAUUAUCCACUCGCUAGGAGGUGAAUAUUGUUGAACGAUAGCGAACCAAUCAGAUUACUUAAAUCACCAUGAUCACUGAGUGUGUAUAUACUAAUAUGCAAUAUACAUGCAGUUAUCAUGGCUUUCAUAAAAUUCAUUCACUAUUUUUAUUCUUUUUUUUUUCCUAAAAAGAUUGAUUUACAAGACUUUGUUUGGUGGAGUAGAGGGUUUCUGGAGCGAGCAUUUUCGUACAGUUAACGGCUUUCCCAACCGAUUCUGGGGCUGGGGAGGUGAAGAUGAUGAUUUGUUCGUCAGGUUUGUAAGAGGAGUAGUUAAUUUGUUCACACGUCAGUUUUAAACACAAAAUUAAGGAACACACCUUAACGUGGAAAGGUGUCUAUUAUUUAUUUAUCCUCUCUUGGCAAUCCUUGUUAUAUAUAUAAAAUUGCCCUCCAAUUAUUAUCUUUGCCAUUGCUCUCGUCGAAACAUAAAGGCUUACAUACGUCUUUUGAACUUUAUUUGUUUUGUAACUAGAAUUACGGAGAAGCAACUUAGCCUCACACGGCCUGCUCAGAUGAUUGGUAGAUACGCCAUGUUAAGUCAUUUGCACACAGAAGACGAUAAAAACCCUCAAAGGUUAAAAUAGUUUCCUGUUUUUAUUAUUAUUAUUAUUAUUAUUNAAUAUUGUUGAACGAUAGCGAACCAAUCAGAUUACUUAAAUCACCAUGAUCACUGAGUGUGUAUAUACUAAUAUGCAAUAUACAUGCAGUUAUCAUGGCUUUCAUAAAAUUUAUUCACUAUUUUUAUUCUUUUUUUUUUCCUAAAAAGAUUGAUUUACAAGACUUUGUUUGGUGGAGUAGAGGGUUUCUGGAGCGAGCAUUUUCGUACAGUUAACGGCUUUCCCAACCGAUUCUGGGGCUGGGGAGGUGAAGAUGAUGAUUUGUUCGUCAGGUUUGUAAGAGGAGUAGUUAAUUUGUUCACACGUCAGUUUUAAACACAAAAUUAAGGAACACACCUUAACGUGGAAAGGUCUCUAUUAUUUAUUUAUCCUCUCUUGGCAAUCCUUGUUAUAUAUGUAAAAUUGCCCUCCAAUUAUUAUCUUUGCCAUUGCUCUCGUCGAAACAUAAAGGCUUACAUACGUCUUUUGAACUUUAUUUGUUUUGUAACUAGAAUUACGGAGAAGCAACUUAGCCUCACACGGCCUGCUCAGAUGAUUGGUAGAUACGCCAUGUUAAGUCAUUUGCACACAGAAGACGAUAAAAACCCUCAAAGGUUAAAAUAGUUUCCUGUUUUUAUUAUUAUUAUUAUUAUUAUUUAGAUUAUUAUUAUUAUUAUUAUUAUUAUUUAUUAUUAUUAUUACAAGAUUAAAAAUUUAGUGAGCCCAUUUACUGACCCGCAAAUACAGUUUUCUCUUCACGCUCCUGGAAUCAUUUUCAACGGUUUAAUAAUAUCUAACCCGUUCCAACUAACCUUUUUUAAUGAUUUCUUUUUUUCUGAUUAGUAUAAGUCAACAUAAGACAGUAUCGUUUUAAAAAAGAGCAGAAGAACGAAAAGGCAGGAAUAUAAAUAACUUAAAACGUUCUUGUCAGUAGUAAAAGAAUAGAAUACAUUGCCGUUUUGCACAACUCAAUAUCAGUGAAUAUUCUAUCUGCUUCCGUAAAUUAAGCAAUUAUACUGUAUAUCCUGAAAUACCUUUAAGUUCAAAGGUCUACUUACAGCAAUAUGGUUCAGGUUUUCCCGUUGUUCUUAAAAUUUUAUCACAUUGCAGUUUUGAAGUUUGGAUGUUGGCAUUGCAUGAUGUGUAAGAGAUAAACAGCUGGAUUUCUUAUGAAUUUGACUGAUGUUAACGGUUCGCGUCCAAAGAAUAAUUUAAAAACAAAAUAAGAUAUUAAGUAUUAGAAAUUCUACGAAACACCUCAUCUUACGUGCAAUUACGAUAUAGCACCUUCUGAUCCCAGUGCAGAAAGUGAUUCUCACCCAUCCAAGUUGUAGUACUGAAUAGUAGUAGUAGUAGUAGUAGUAGUAGUAGUAGUAGUAGUAGUAGUAGUAGUAGUAGUAGUAGUAGUAGUAGUAGUAGCAGUAGCUGCAGUAAUGGUAGUAGUAGCUGCAGUUGUUGUUGUAGUUAUACUCAAGUGGUUUAAGGCUCAAAGAUGUGUUCUGAGGAUAUGAAUAAUUGGCAAUAUCUUUCGCUAGGAGACCUAGAACAAAAUGAACUUUUCCCAAAAAGUAAAUCUUGAGGUUUCCUUGUGCCUUAACGUUUAAUUACUGUCACGUGAUACAUCACGUGACCAAAGAUUGAAAAUGAAGGAAAUUGGCGAAUUGGUGGCGACCAAUUUACUUUGUUUCGAUAAACAAAUCGGUAUUUCUAGAAGAGGAUAAACAUACCUAACUUUAUACGUUUGGAAUGAAUGUACGCGAAGUUUAAAAUUAAAGUUUUAAAUAAUUCAAGAUUAAAUUUGGGCAUUCAAAAUGAUGGUUUCCCUCAUAAUUUUUUUAUUGAAGCGCAAUGGACGGACAUUACAAACGUGAAGUGUUAAUAUGAAUUAGUAAAAUGUUUUUUCCCGAUUUCUUUUCUUUAACCGGGUACCAAUUGGUCAAUAAUUUACGAUUUUUAGCAAAAUGGUCACGUGACAUAUCACCUGACUUAUUAACACAAUGUUUAUUCUUUAAAAUGUUAAGGACGAUGAGUUCUUUAUGUGUGCCAAAUUUUGAUUCAGCGCCAUCACCUAUGCCAACGUUGUAGCCAAUAAUUCAUUUUCCACAAGUCCCAGGCCUUAAACUACUUGAAUACAAGAUUGUUGCUUCACUAUUUUUUUCUGUUACAUAGGUUUGAACAGUUGAGAGUCAGCGAAACGUUAAUCGACGAGGACGGCUUAAAUACGCUUACAUACAGUGUACGUGACUAUCAGGAAAUGCCGUUGUACACAAUGAUAUCCGUCUCGCUGAGAUAACUUAGGAUAGGAGCAGAUUAAAAAUAAUUGCUCUGUCGGCAAUUCAAAAACCAAACAUAAAGUACGUUUGUCACGUUUGUCGUCAUGAUCAGUACGUAACAAGCACCAGACAUGAACAUAACCAGAAAGAUGAUUCAUUUAUGUUGGAAUUUAAGUGUGGAAAGUCAACGGACAGUGGGUCACAAUGAACAGUUCAGGACUAUCGGUCUCGAGACUGCAGUUCACUCAAUAUAUUAUUCAAUAGAUAUGCGUUCACACUCGAAAACUGCCGAUUUUUUUGUUAUGUAACAUCGAGU